AUUUUACCGUAAUUAUUAUUAUUAAAAACACAGAUUGACUAAUGGCCAAGCCUAUUUUUCUAAUUAAAUAUUGAUUCCGUUUGUUAUUUCACGUUCCUAUAGUUGUAAUAGUAAAUUUACAGCUAUGGUGGUUAAAGUGUACAUAAGUGGUAUCUCCGGAAAUAAGGAGGUAAAAAAGCGGCAGCAACGAGUUUUAAUGAUAUUAGAUUCGAAAAACAUAAAAUAUGAUGUCAUUGAUAUAACGGAACCAGGAAGAGAGGCAGAUAAAGACUUUAUGCAAAACAAUUCGACAUCAAAUGGAGGGACCGUCAGCGAUCCGAACCCUAGGUCUCCGCUGCCGCCUCAGGUGUUCAACGAUGAUGAAUAUUGUGGGGAUUACGACCAGUUUGACUUAGCCAAUGAAGUAGAUACUUUGGAACAAUUUUUGAAACUCGAAGUGCCACCUGAGGAGCCCCCGCAACCAGAAACUGAAAAGGUUGUAAAUGGUGAUUUAGAAAAUAAAGACGGCAAAAAAUCGAAGGAAAGCUCUGCGGAAAGAGAAACAGAUAAAGAGGGUACCCCUGCAAAGGAGGGUACACCCGCAAAAGAGGAUACACCCGCAAAGGAGGGUACACCCGCAAAAGAGGGUACACCCGCAAAGGAGGGUACACCCGCAAAAGAGGGUACACCCGCAAAGGAGGGUACACCCGCAAAGGAGGGUACACCCGCAAAAGAAGGUACACCCGCAAAGGAGGGUACACCCUCCAAGGAGGGUACACCCGCAAAAGAGGGUACACCCGCAAAGGAGGGUACACCCGCAAAGGAGGGUACACCCGCAAAGGAGGGUACACCUGCCAAAGAAGGCACACCAGCGAAGAGCAAGACCCCAUCGAGAGAAGCGACUCCAGCCGGCGAUGCGACCUCCAAGGAGCCCACACCCGAGAGACAAAAGUCCAUCGAAAAGGAAGGAUCACCCGCAGUAGCCUCAAAAGCGAACUCCCCCGAGAAAGAUGAAUCUGUCAACGAAAACGGCACUGUCAGCUCUCGCGAGCAAUCCGCAGAGAAACAAGCUCCGGAGCGGACAAAAGAGAAUGCUUCCGAAGCGUUGAUCCAAAGCGAGCAAGCCGCCGCCGCGGAGUGAACCACGACUGAUCCCGCUUCGCAGCUCAAAGCAUUAGCACUAAAUGCGUCAUUAAGUCUGUUCUGUUAUUUAUAAUUCGCCUCACUCUUUCGGCAUGAUUAGUCAGUGUAAAUAACGCAGAGAGGUAAUGUUGAGAACUCAUGUUAUGUGGCAAUUGUACACGUUUUCCAUGAAGUGGCCUAUUAUCAUUAAUCAUUAGAUUUAUUAAUCAAUUUUAUGAAGUUCCAGAGUAAGAUUUCUAUUUAACAUUUUUUAUCCUUCAUUAAGGCUUUGUAUUAUUCUAUUAAAGUAUUAAUAUUCAUUUUUUUUUUAUUUUACAAAUUAAUCGAUUUAGUCGUAUACACAGACGUAUUUUUAAUGUAUUAAGAUUUAUUUAUUGAGGUAUUAAUUUAAGAUGAAAUGUAAGUGUUCAUUUUUGUUAUUCAAAUGUAUUAUUUACUUAUAGUUUAUAAGCUAUAUCUAAACAUGGUAUAGGUAUAGUUGAAAUAAGAUGUCCAUAGUGUUUGCUAAAUUAGUUCAUCCUACAAAUGUAAACUCUAAAUCCAUCGAGAUUUAUUUAGCCAGUGGAACAAAUAAAUAUACAAAUGCAUUGAUAAGUGAAGAAAUUUCAUAAUAACAUACUAUACUCUUCAGUUUCGACCCUAUUGCACCCACCACUAUUUCUAAAUGACUUUUUGACUCGGGCUACUUUGUCUGAUGACUUGACUCGAGGUUGUAUUUAACUUCAAUACAUUGGAAAAGGCUAAAGAUAACUUUUACAAUGUCAAAUUGAAAAAGUCAUAUUUAUCAUUUUCUUAUUUGGUUUUUUAUUAGAAACAUGUAACUCUAAAAUGAACAGCUUUAAAAAACUAAUCGUUUUCUUAUUGUUAUUUGAGAGCUGUCAGUCCUCUACUUAAGGAAGUAUUUUGGUGGAGAAGGUAUGUUGGAAAGAUUUUGAGCAGGCGUAUUUUGAUUUGCCGUAAAUGAAAUGGAAAAGUAUACAUUUUUUUUUAUUAUGGACAUCUUAUUAAAUUUUGACAAUUUUUAAUCUCAAGAAUAACAGGAAUGGACACUAUUGGAUAUUGCACGCUUUGGUUGUACCCUAUUUGUGACAGAUUUACUUCAUUAUUUGAUGUUAAAGACAUUUUUUUUUAUUUUAACUAAUUUUCAUACGAAUUAUAUAAAAUUCUAUAA